AUGUGUCCUGGUACCCAAAAGCUAUGUGGAAAUGAAUUUUGCUACGAUCCAGCAACACAAUAUUGUCCCAAGUCGCAUGCAAUUGUCACGUGUAUCAAUACAUGUGGAAAAGAAUGUUAUGAUCCAGUUUGGCAAACCUGCAUCAAUGGUAUUUUAUGUGAUAUUGAUGAAGAUGUUUGUGAAGUGAAGUAUGAUAGUAAUAAUGGCAAUUCAAUUGUACCGACACGAUUGCAGUGCUACAAGCCACGACUUCAAAGAUGUUUAAAUCAUACACUCUGCUAUGAUAAAGAUCGCGUUUGUAAUAAUCAAUGUAUCCUGGGCACUUCUCCUUCUAAUCAAAUUUGUGCAAAUGACGGUGUAACACUGUGUAACGUACGAUAUCCUUAUACUUGGUAUCAACCAAAUCAGAUACAAGUGUGUAAUGGUUCUUGCUAUGAUACUGAAAUAGAAGUAAAACAUUGUGUGAACGGUUCUUUGCAAUGUAUUUACAACUGCUCUGAUAGUUGCUACGAUCCAAGAACACACGUUUGCGUGAACGGAACUGUUUGUUCUCUUGGACAAGAAGUUUGUUUGACCAAUUACCGUUCUGAUAAUGGCCAUCCUCUUGAUUUCCCCCAACUCGAGUGUUACAAUCCUUGGUCUUCGAAAUGUAUCGAUAAGGCUCUUUGUAAUAAUAGUCGCGUCUGUAAUGGACGCUGUAUAACUGGAUAUACUGCUUAUAGACAAGUGUGUGCCAGUGACAAACGUACUAUUUGUGACGUUAAGGAUUCUUACACUAGGUAUCUAGUCUAUCAAAUGCACGUAUGUAACGGUACUUGUUUUGAUGUAAGUCUGCAACAAUGCAUCAAUGGAGUUGUCUCGUGUAUAGAUGGCAUGUGUGCUGGCGAGUGUUACGAGUCAGCACAUGUCGUCUGCCUUAACGAUACUCGAUGCCCACUUGGGUAUAGUCUAUGUGAAGCACGAUAUAGUACUUAUAGUGGUUAUCCAAUUGAACCGCCGUACCUACAAUGUUAUGAUCCACGGCUUAAAAGAUGCUUAAAUCAUACACUCUGCUAUGAUAAAGAUCGCGUUUGUAAUAAUCAAUGUAUCCUGAACACUUAUCCUUCUUAUCAAAUUUGUGCAAAUGACGGUGUAACACUAUGCAACACAUCGCAGCACUAUACUGCUUAUAAGCCGAACCAGAUAAAAAUAUGUAAUGGCACAUGCUAUGAUGCAGGAUAUCCAGCAAUCCGGCAUUGUUCUAACGGUAAUAUCCAAUGUAUAUCAGAUUGUUCGAAUACUUGUUAUAAUGCUUUGACGCAUAUCUGUAUAAGUGGCUUACUUUGUAAUCUUGCUGAACGCCUUUGUCCUACACAGUAUGGACACGUUUGUUAUAAUCCACUGAGAUCAAAAUGUUUAAACGAUACACUGUGCUUAAUUUGGCAACAUCGCUGUUCUACUAAUGUGUGCUACGACUCUGCUUCUCACAAAUGUUUUAAUGAUACACUUUGUUCAAAUAAUCGCGUGUGUGGUAAACAAUGUCUUGUUAGCGAUUAUCAAAUAUGUGCUAACGAUAGGAGAACAGUAUGUAAUGUGCCUAAGCCAUAUGAUCAUUAUCGACCAGACCAAAUACAACUUUGUCUAGGCGUUUGCUAUGAUUCAUUAACUCAACAAUGUGCACCUCAAAAUAUCAGUUCAUCGAAGACAACAACAAAAACAACAGCUUCGUUCUUGCCUAACUCGACGACUAACAGUGUCUCUGUCUCUCAUGUGACUGUAGCAUCGGACCUUCAAACCAGUGCUAGUACAGCACAUUCUUCUGAAGUAACCGUCGAUACUGAAGGAACAACGAUGUCUACAAUUACGCUCCCUACCACGUACGUUGAAUCACUUUCGACAGACGUCACAGAUGAUUUCACUUCGUACGGCGUAAAAAGCAGUAGUAUGACUACGACCUCAGAAAAUGUUGAUGUUAAAUUGACCACAAUUGACACUGGAACAUCAUCAAGCAUUCUGUCACAUUUGUCAAACAGGUAUGCUUCCCUAAAUGAAGCAUCAUCUGACUCAACUACAGCUCCUAUACGAAUAACUACAAGUCAAGUCGAAGCAUCAUCGACGACUCCAUUGCACUCGUCAGAUAAUUUUGCCUUAAUAUCCGACUCGAACUCGCUGCCAGUGGGUAUAAACGUUCCAUCAAUAUUUCCCGGUACAUCUUUUACGCCGACGUCGGCUUCAUCAAUAAUUCCAUACACCUCAAUCAGUCAGACGUCAACAACACUUUCCCUUCAGGAUAAUUGCUGUUCAACGAGCGAAUGUAGAAAUGAGAGUGAUUGCUGUACACCACACAUUGAAUGCCGUUGCUAUCCUUAUACGAAAGAUCAUCAGGAUGGGCAAAUGUGUAAAGCAAUUGUUAUCGGAUCAGUUAGUCAUCAUUCUUUUGUUGCUGCUAUUGCCAUAAAUGAUAAAAAAGUUAUCGUUAUCCAGAACCAAUAUUUCUUCUUCUUAUUGUUAUCUAUACCAUUAGCAUUAUUUCUUAUGUUAUUGAUCACAAUUUCGUUAGUUCUUGUUAUGUGUCGCAAAAAGAUAGCAAUGACUUUCUAUCAUUGGCGCCUCUCGAUAAAAUUUGAUAGAGCCAAUCGUCGCCGACUACACUGGGAGAGACACGAGUAG